UUCAAGGGAAUCCCAGAUCCCUCUUGCUUUAACAAGGAUUGCCGGGAUUUAAAGAUGGCGGAGUGUAUGGCCGCACGCUUGGGCGCUCAGGAAGAGCAGAUAUGUUUGCUCAGCAGCGAGAUCAGCCGGCUACGGGAUAGCCUGUGUGGCGACCUUGGGGCGCUCGCCAGUUUCGCCAGCACUACGGAACUGGAGAGCCUACGGAGUGAGAAUGACAAGCUCAAAUAUAGGAUAUUGCAUCUGCGCCGGGGUCUGCAGGCGGAGCUGGACCUGGAAAAGCAGGGCCGAGAGGUAGCCGCAAAGCAAUGCUUGGUGAAGGAAAACGCCAAGAUCACCCAUGGCCAUUCUCACCCUGCAGCGUCCGAGUCUAAGCAAGUAGACAAGAACAAGAAAAAGGAGAAGCCAGAGAAGUCCAAAGGAGAUGGUGGUGUGGGAGAGAUUAGGCCCUGGCCUGCCUACGUGACAGACAGGCUCCAACUGUAUGAAGAACUCAAGAAAGAGAGCGAUGCCCUGCUCUCCAAGCGUGCGGCAGAAAGUCACCCCAUCUCUGUGGCUCUGCCAGACGGGAGGACCGUGGACGCCAAGGCGUGGGUUACGACCCCCUACCAGCUGGCCUGUGGCAUCAGUCAGGGCCUGGCUGACAACGCCGUCAUCGCCCGGGUGGAUGGGGAAAUGUGGGACCUGGACAGGCCAUUGGAGAAGGACUGCUCCCUGGAGGUGCUGCGUUUCGACAACGAGGACGCCCAGGCGGUGUACUGGCACUCCAGUGCCCACAUCCUCGGAGAGGCCAUGGAGCGUUUCUAUGGUGGCUGUCUGUGCUAUGGGCCGCCCAUCGAGAACGGCUUUUAUUACGACAUGUACCUGGAAGGGACGCGGGGUGUGUCGAGCACUGAAUUUGGGGACCUGGAGACGCUCUGUAAGUCGGUAAUGAAGGACAAGCAGCCAUUUGAGAGACUGGAGAUCAGCAAGGAGACACUGUUACAGAUGUUUAAGUAUAACAAGUUCAAAUGUCGGAUUUUGAACGAGAAAGUUACCACACCCACUACUACAGUCUACAGAUGUGGGCCCCUAAUUGACCUGUGUAGAGGGCCACACGUCAGACACACCGGCAAGAUCAAAGCCAUGAAGAUCUACAAGAACUCGUCCACGUACUGGGAGGGGCGCUCGGACAUGGAGACGCUGCAGCGCGUCUACGGGAUCUCCUUCCCCGACUCCAAGAUGCUGAAGGAGUGGGAGCGCUUCCAGGAGGAGGCCAAGAACCGCGACCACCGCAAGAUCGGAAAGGAGCAAGAGCUGUUCUUCUUCCACGACCUGAGCCCUGGGAGCUGCUUCUUUCUGCCACGCGGGGCCUUUCUGUACAACACCCUCACUGAAUUCAUCAGGGAAGAGUACGGUCGGCGGGGGUUCCAGGAGGUCGCCUCUCCAAACAUCUACAACAGCAAGCUGUGGGAGACCUCGGGCCACUGGCAGCACUACAGCGAGAACAUGUUCUCCUUUCCUGUGGAGCAGGACAUCUUUGCCCUCAAGCCGAUGAACUGCCCGGGACACUGUUUGAUGUUCAACUACCGGCCGCGGUCCUGGCGUGAGCUGCCACUGAGGCUUGCCGAUUUCGGGGUGCUGCACCGGAACGAGCUGUCGGGAGCGCUCACCGGCCUCACCAGGGUGCGGCGUUUCCAGCAGGAUGACGCCCACAUCUUCUGCACCAUGGAGCAGAUCGAGUCGGAGAUGAAGGGCUGCCUGGAUUUCCUGCGCUGCGUCUACGCCGUGUUCGGCUUCUCCUUCCAGCUCCACCUCUCCACCCGUCCUGAGAAGUACUUGGGUGACGUGGCCAUCUGGAACCAAGCUGAGAAGCAAUUGGAGAACAGCCUGAAUGAGUUUGGGGAGCCAUGGAAGCUCAACCCUGGAGAUGGUGCCUUUUACGGGCCCAAGAUUGACAUUAAGAUCAAAGAUGCCAUCGGGCGAUAUCAUCAGUGCGCCACCAUCCAGCUCGACUUCCAGCUGCCCAUCCGCUUCAACCUGACCUAUGUGGGGAAGGACGGAGACGAUAAAGUGCGUCCGGUCAUCAUCCACCGUGCGAUCCUGGGCUCUGUGGAGAGGAUGAUCGCCAUUCUGACGGAGAAUUACGCUGGGAAGUGGCCUCUCUGGCUGUCUCCCCGACAGGUGAUGCUGGUCCCUGUCAACCCAACAUGUGAGGAGUAUGCCAAAAAGGUCUGUAAGCAGUUUGUGGAAGCUGGCUUCAUGGCCGAUGCUGACCUUGACUCCAGCUGUCUUCUCAACAAGAAGAUCCGUAAUGCACAACUGGCCCAGUACAACUUCAUCUUGGUGGUGGGUGAGAAGGAGAAGAUGACUAACGGCGUUAACGUGCGUACCAGAGACAAUAAGGUCCACGGGGAGCUGUCCGUGGCGGAGGUGCUCGCCAGACUGACCCUGUUGAGUCAGUCCCGUUGCCGGAGUGCCGAGGAGGAGUUCUGAGGAGGAGUUCUGAAGAGGAGCGUCUGGACGGCCAGCCGGGCCAUUGAGCGUGCCUUUGGUCAUGUGU